AUGAUGACUGGAUGGAUGCAGCGAUGUGGACUUUGUCGACGCAGUAUAAAAGAUAUCGUGGAAAUGCUGGACGCUGGUAGAACGUUUAAAGAGGCGGAAGUUAAAGAGGUUGCGGAAAGGUUUGAGUGUGUGCUACUGAAUCAUUGGAAAGAUAAUUGCUUGAAUCCAAAGCAGUCCUUCGAUACGUUGGAGCUAGAUAGAGUUAUCACUAAAGGUGGUCUGUACGAUCUGAAAGAGAACUUCCUAGACACGCCGUACCUCAAAGUGUGGCUCAAGUAUCUGAAGCUCGCAUUUUCUAAAUACACUGAUCAAGCAAUAGCAGACGGUGUUGCUUACCUCGAUAAAGCCACGCUUCUUGGCAUUAUUUCAACUUUAAGAGCAAACAGAGGCUUCGAUAAAGACUUGUUUUUAGGAGUACAAGUUGCGGUGAUGCGUAAAUCGUUGUUAGAAGAUGAAGUAAUGGUGUCGACUAUGGUAUAUCUAGCAGGUGACAUGGGUGAGUCAUCCGUUGCAUUUUUGCUAACAGCGCCCCAUAUUGGCCAUGGGGCGUUCUUGGGUCAAGACAACAUAUCUGCCAAGGGCGUCUUCGAUUUGGUAGAUAUUCCGGAGCUCCUUAGGAUCGACGACAAAAGCUUUGAUUUUAGGCUUUUCAAAAAGAAGGAGAGUGAUCUUGACGAAAUCUUGUUAAGCUCCACACGCUUUAAAUUGUGGGACAGGCAUGUUACAAAAAUGAAUUCAAAAGACAAGAAUGAAAAGAUGAUUGAAAUUAUGGUGGACGUCAUCACGGAUGUUCGCGUUGCACGCAUACUUGAGCUCGCCACCACCACUCCUGCUACGCUCAAGCUUGCGGAAUCAUUACAAGCUGCGCAGAUGAAGACUUGGGAAUAG